AUGGCAGAGAGAGGUGGAAAUGAAGAAGUAAUUAACUUGAACAGCUUCCGUAGUCACAGAGGAAAAGACUGGAUAAACCGCAGGGACGAAGGUCUUAUCAUGAUAUCAGAUUCCUCGGAUGAAGAAUUACCUUUGUUGCCGGAAACACCAGCAGAGCAGCAGCGUGAGGAAGAUGACGAUGAUGUAGUCAUCUUGGCAGAGACUGCAAAGCAUCAGCAUCUUCUGCGUCCCAAUGUCAUCAGGCCUGCGGCUCAAUGGCAGGGUGCAAACACUGUGGGAGAAGGAGGAUCUAAAAGCGCUGUCGAGCCCUUGAAGGGCAUAUAUCUGCAAGAUGAGAACUCAGCUCUGCUGUGCCAGGGAGACCGAGAUAAUCACAUGGUAGAGAGCAAUGCUGGACCAAGUAGGGAUGAGAAUAUGAACUUUGCCUUGCAGCAGCCUGGACCGUCAGAACUUACUGGCCCCAGGUUUGAACUUACAAGUAACCAGGAGCCUGGCCCAAGUUUGAUUCCAGCAAUAAAGACGAGUCCGCAGCCUGUUGUUAACAGAGAAGGCGUUAGUCUGGAGAAUGCAAGUCUUCUACCACAACAGGAGGAAAAGGUGGAAGCCCAGGGAUGGCAAGGAGAGGACUUAGAGCCAAAGCAAAAUGUCGGAGGAACAGCUGCUGCGACUACCACAGACCGGGAGAUCCAUGAGAACAGCCAGCUGAGUCACUCGUACUUCCAGCCGUUGGAAGGUGAGCCACAUGCUGCAGUAAAUGGUUGUGCUCCUCAGCAAGGGCAGCCUGAAGCAGACUCAGGAUCUCUGAGGGCAUAUGGAGAAGAGGCUCCCGGGCCAGCCUUCCCCCGACCUGAGCCACAGCAGGAUGGGAUUCCAGGUCCUGCUUCUCCCCAGCUGGCGCAUCCACCAGAAGAAACAGGUCAGCAGGCAGAGAGAGACAAUGAAGAGCCAGGUCCAGCAUUCCCCACACAGGGGUCUCAUGAACUUGGCUCUAGUAAUGUUCCAGAACAAGGAGCUGCUGGGCAGGACCAAGACCUCACUGCGCUGCUCAUCAGAGAGACAGAAGCAAGAUUCCCAGAUGUGAAGAAGGAAUAUAUUGAACAGCUAAUCUGCAUCAAGAACUGCUAUGACUUAAAUGUACUUUGUAACUUUCUUCUGGAAAAUCCAGAUUACCCAAAGAAGGAAGGCAGAGUGCUCUUAAAUCCCAGCAGCAGCCUGCUCGCCAGCCAAGAUGAGACCAAGGUGCCUAAAGUGGACUACUUCGACUUUUCCAAACUUGCCCCGCUUGAUCAGCGGUGCUUUAUUCAGGCAGCUGACCUCCUUAUGGCAGACUUCAAAAUGCUGAGCAGCCAAGACAUCAAGUGGGCACUACAUGAACUCAAGGGACACUAUGCAAUCACACGAAAGGCCUUUUCAGAUGCUAUCAAAAAAUGGCAGGAGCUGUCUCCCGAAACCAGUGGCAAACGAAGAAGGAGGAAAGAAAUGAAUCAGUAUUCAUAUAUAGACUUCAAAUUUGAGCAAGGGGAUGUGAAAAUUGAGAAGCGCAUGUUCUUCCUGGAGAAUAAGAGACGGCACUGGAGGACCUAUGACAAGCUCUCUCUUCUCCCACCGGUGCUACUGGAGCAGGAGUUCUAUGAGCAGAAAGUUAAAGAGAUGGCAGAGCAUGCAGACUUUCUCCUUGCUCUGCAGAUGAAUGAGGAGCAGUAUCAGAAGGAUGGUCAGAUGAUAGAGUGCCGCUGCUGUUAUGGGGAGUUUGCGUUUGAAGAGCUAACUCAGUGCGCAGAUGGUCACCUGUUCUGCAAGGAGUGCCUAAUUAAAUAUGCUCAGGAGGCAGUCUUUGGCUCUGGGAAGUCAGAGCUCAGCUGCAUGGAAGGCAGUUGCACGUGUUCAUUCCCCACCAGUGAGCUGGAGAAAGUGCUUCCAGAGAACAUCCUCUGUAAAUACUAUGAACGGAAAGCUGAGGAGGAGGUGGCUGCUGCCUGUGCAGAUGAGCUCGUCAGGUGUCCAUUCUGUAACUUCCCAGCUCUACUGGACAAUGAUGUGAAGCGGUUGAGCUGCCCUAAUCCCCGCUGCAGAAAG